AAGCACGCACAAUAAAGAGGGUUGCGUGUGGGUAAUCCAACGUCGAAGGUGAGAAUCGGUGGAGAUCACAGCAGUGUGUGGAUUGUGUUGUUUAAGCACUCCUCAGGUAAUCGGUGACUACUUGCUCUUCUCCUCUUCUCUCUUUCUUGUUUUUAUUUCCAUUUUCUUUUGAUGACUUGUAUGAGAGCUUUUGUUUUUGUUUGAAUGUAGCUCUCAAUUGAGCUCUGAGAGACAUUUCUGCAAUUCCUACAUCUAAGAUUCCAUACUCCUCCUCUUUUGAGGCUCCGCUCCAUCUAUCUCAAGAUGAUCAGAAAAGAGCCUCCUCAUUCAGAAGAUCUGCCAUACAGAGCGUCUUCGUCGUCGACCUCUCCACAUGUAGGUGAUAAUGGUGGAACCAAAAGGCUGAAAGGAAGUGACUACGAAGUGUUCUUGAGCUUUAGAGGGGAAGACACUCGCAAAGGCUUCACCGAUCAUCUCUAUACUAGCCUUGUUGAUGCAGGAAUUCGCGUGUAUAGAGACAACGAUGAGCUCCGAGUUGGUGACGAGAUUGGUCCGGAGCUUCUCUGCAGUAUCACGCAGUCUAAGAUUUCAAUCCCGAUUAUGUCUGAGGAUUACGCUUCCAGCAAAUGGUGCCUUCAAGAGCUGGCUCAGAUGUUGAAGUGCAGGAGAAGCGGAGAGCAAGUAGUGUUGCCCAUAUUUUACAAAGUGGAACCCUCACAAGUGCGACAUCUCAAGGGGAGAUUUGGAGAUGCCAUCAAUGCACAUCAAAAGAAUUCAGAUCAAAUGGUUGUGAAGGAAUGGGAAGAAGCGCUCAAUGAAGUCAGUUCUUUAAAAGGAUGGGAAUCGGAGAAAAUAAAUGAUGGGCAUGAAGCGGCAUUAGUGAAAAGAGUCGUCAUAAGAGUUAUGAGCGAGUUAAAAAGACUUUUCCACCUAAGUGUUCCUGAACAAUUGGUGGGAAUUGAUGAUCAUGUGAAAUGGAUUAUGAGCAAGCUAGAUGCUAAUUUCAAUGGUACAUGGAUCAUUGGAAUUUAUGGAAUGGGCGGCAUUGGUAAGACAACUCUUGCAAAGGUGUUAUACAACAAGCUAUUUAGCGAUUUUCAGAAUCGUUGCUUUGUGGCUGAUAUUCGAGAAAGAUCUCAACGCAAUGGUAUUGAAUGCCUACAAAAGCAGCUCAUUUCUAAUGUGAUAGGAGGAUCGUGGGAGGUGUCUAAUGUCGAUGAUGGAAUCCGUGUACUCAAAUCUCGAUGUACAAGUAAGAAAGUCCUCGCUCUUCUUGAUGAUAUGGAUAAUAAUACUUAGUUGGAUGCUUUGGUCGGAGACGGUAGUUGGUUUAAAGUGGGAAGUAUAAUCAUCAUCACAACUAGAAACAAGAGUAUUCUUGACAGGGCUAGGGCUGGCCACUUAUAUGAACUCGAAAAGUUGCCUUUUGAUAAAUCGUUGAUUUUAUUUUGUAGACAUGCAUUUCGAAAUGAUUUUCCUUUGAGUGAGUUUGAGGAUAUCUCUCAUGAUGUUGUAACUAUUACUGGAGGGCUUCCUUUAGCACUUGAAGUUAUAGCUUCAUUCUUAUGUGGAAAGACAAAGGGAGCAUGGAAAGAUACAUUGAAGAAAUUGAAGAACAUUCCUGAUAAGCAAGUGCAAGAGAGGUUGAUGAUAAGUUACAAAGCAUUAGAUUAUGAAGAGCAACAGAUUUUUUUGGAUAUUGCAUGUUUUUUCAUUGGAUCAUUUAAACAAAAUCCAACUUAUAUGUGGGAUGCUUGUGGUUUUUACCCGGGGAAAGGGAUUGAAGUAUUAAGUCUUAUGUCCCUAAUUAAAAUUGACAAAAAUGGCAAGCUAAAGAUGCAUGAUCAACUGAGAGAUCUUGGAAGGGAAAUUGUUCGUUUAGAAAAUCAAAAGAAGCCUGGAGAACGUAGUCGAUUAUGGAUUGAUGAGGAAGUCAAACAUGUGCUUGAGAGCAACAAGGGCACUUGUAAGAUUGAGGCCCUUCGUCUUUGCUAUAAUAGAUGGGAAAGCUAUGAUAAGAAAAGCUACCGAGGUGAACAGUUUAACGAAUUCACCAACUUGAGGUUCCUUCAAUUGGGCAAUGUGAAUUUUACUGGAGAUUUCCAAAACUUGCUUCCUCAAUUAAGAUGGCUUGACUGGGAGACUUGUCCCUCGGAUUUUGAAAUUGUCAACUUUCACCCAAAGAAAUUAGUCGUGCUCAAUCUAUCAUGUAGUGAGAUUUCGGAGGACUGGGGAGGAUGGGGCCCACUCAAGAUGGCGACCGAGUUGAAAGUUCUCGACCUCUCGUAUUGUGCCAAUUUGAGAAGAACUCCCGACUUGUCUGCUUUCAAAAGCUUGGAGAUUUUGAAUCUUGAAAGCUGUUACAAUCUAAAAGAAAUUCAUCCUUCUAUA